GGCACGAGGAGGCUGUCAGCCGAGACGAAGAGGAAGGUCUGCAACGAAUUUUACUGAGCAGGAAAAAGACGGGACAGACUUCAGUUCCAUUCACGACUGCGCUGCAUGGCCCACGAACGCCAGAGAACCACACAUCUUCCUGCACAUAGAGAAGAAAGCAGCUGUUAGAAAUUGACCUGGUCCUCCUGGCUAAGCACUCUCUGAAAAGUUUAUUUGCCACCCAAGAAAGAAUUCCAUAUCACCAAGAGCUCUACAGGGAUAUCUGGAAAAAGCUUUGAAAAUGCCUCAGAUGAGCAAGGAUGACACAAGUGUCCGACUUUCCCAUGAGCUCUCGGAGGGGGAGAAAGAAGCCACCGGGAACAGAAAGGCGAAAGUCCUGGAGUGCCUGAAGAGACUUGGUAUUACCUGUGAUAAGGCUCACAUGCCCAAUAUCGCCAUCCUAGGUUCGGGCGGGGGCCUACGAGCCACGAUCGCCCUUAUGGGCACCUUGGUGGAGAUGAAGAAACAGGGUCUGCUGGAUGCCGUCAUGUAUCUGUGCGGGGUGUCGGGUUCCACUUGGUGCAUGUCCACCCUCUACAAAGAGAAGGACUGGAGUGAGAACGUGCAGGACUUGGAAAAACGCCUGUGUGAGACACUUUCCAGUACUUCAUGGGAUCUUCAACAGGCAUUGGCUGAUGUGAGCCGGGCAGCGGAAGAUGAACUAUUCUCUCUGACAGAUGUCUGGGCCUCUUUCUGUGUCUCUAAAGAACUGGAGCAGCAUGAUCAGACGAAGUUAUCUGACCACAAGGACGCCGCCACAUGUGGGACAAAUCCGUAUCCCAUCUAUGCUGCAGUGGAAGAGAACAAAUUGCAUAAGGAAGGUGAAAACAGCCCAGAGACCUGGUUUGAAUUCACCCCUCAUGAGUCUGGUUUUCCCGGCCUGGGGGCAUUUGUGAGCACCAAGUUCUUGGGAAGUGAAUUCAUGGAUGGGCAUUUGAAAGUAGAGAGGAAGACGAAAGACAUCUGCUACCUGCAAGGUUUAUGGGGAAGCAUCUUUGGAUACAUGAAGGAGAAUGUGAAAUUUCUAAUAGAAUUGAUUUGGAACAAAAUUCAUAGAAGGCUGGGAGAAGAAAAGAAGAAUACAAUGGGUAAAACAGGUACCCAUUGCACGUGUUCCCGGUGUCAGGCCGUCCUCCUUGUCCUGGAUCUUCACGUUCUCACCUCAGCAGGGAAAGACCAUGAGGGAGUCUUUAUGCAGCUGAAGGAAGUUCUGAAAGGCAGGAACAGCGAGGAGUCCUACCAGAAGUGCUGUGAAAUGAGCAGGAUGUGGGGUUUAAAGACGGUGGAAGAAAGAAUAGCAGAUUGUGCUGAACUCCUUGAAGCGGAGUUUGGAGAGGAGCGUUUUGUCUCGCUCGCCAUGCAAGGAGAAGUAAUAAGCAUCUGUACCUUGAUAUGGAAAAUCUGGAAGUGUAUCUGCCAUUGGACGUGGGGGAGAACUCAUAACUUUCUGUACAAUUGUGACACCAUUGCCCAAACCAGUGACUUGGCCAAGCACAAGUUCCUCAACUUGAUCGACGCCGGCCUUGCUAUCAAUUCUGCCUACCCUCUGAUGCUGCUCCCAGCGAGGCGAGUGACUCUAAUCCUCUCCUUCGACUUUAGCUCUGGGGAUCCCUUCAAGACCAUCAGAAAAACAGCCAAGUACUGUGAGACCAAUCACAUCCCAUUUCCUAAGAUAGAUCCAGAAGAGAUUAAGGACCGAGAUAACCCCUCUGACUGCUACAUCUUCAAAGGAAAGGAUCUGCCCACGGUCAUGCACUUCCCGCUCUUCAACAAGAAGAAUUGUCCCGGGGAGGUGGAGCAUUUCAGAAAACGGUUCUCCACCUUUACAGUCUCCUAUACAAAGGGCGAUGUCCAGGAACUCCUUAAGACAGCGAAAAUGAACGUCGCCAACAACCACGAGAGGAUAGUGAAGGAGAUCCAGCAGCUCACGUCCUCCUAGACCACCCAGGGGAUUUAAAACCGUGUCUAUGGCUCAUGUUCAGGAAGGGCAGAAAAUCUGGCUUCGCCCUUCACAAUUCCUGGGAGGCUACUCAGGCUGUGUCUCCGCUGUGUUCUUUUUCCAGAAAAAGAUACGCAAUUUGUGAACUGCGAUUUGCAUAGUUUUUACC